CCUCUCUCUUCCAGCGAACACUUCUCCACCUCCCGUCACCAUCUCGGUAUCUACCGCUGCGUCACCGUAUCAUGUCGCUACAUCCACCCUCCAUCCUCUCACCCAGACGGCACCUCCAUCAGCCCCUUGUUCUUCGCCGCUCUCGCAGCCGUCGUCAAGGACCAGCCCAUGCUGCGUGUCGGCAUCACAGGCGACGAGACAAACAACGCCCACUUCACGCAUAUCCCCUCCAUCGACCUGCGCAGCCACGUCUCCGUCAUUGCCGUCCCCUGCCAGUCCGUCCAGGAGUACGAGGACAAAAUCGCUGAGCACCAGGGCUGGGAGCAUGACCAGAAGUACCAGGACUUGGCUGUGCGGCCUCCCUGGAGAAUCACCAUCUUGAGGCCCAGCAGCGACAAUGCCGAUGUCGUGGAGCAGCUCAGGGGGCAGGAAGACGUCUUCUUUGCGUUCCAUCACUCUCUUCUGGACGGAACCAGUGGUCGCCGCUUCCACGAGAUGCUUCUCGCAACGCCUGCUUACCAGGGCCAGCAAGUACCAGCCGAGCCAGAGCACGUCCUCUCCUUUCCAGAGCCGCCAUCGUCACUCCCCGAAGCCCAGGAGCAAGUCGUCAACUUCACCCUCUCCGUCGGCUACACCGUUCGCACGCUGUGGACUGCCCUCGGCCCAAGGUUCCUCCAAGCCCCCAAGCAGCCCAUCUGGGGCGCCAUCCCCAUCGACCUCUCGCUGCCCUACAAGACGCGCGUCAAGCCCGUCGACAUCUCGCCCGAGGCCCUGUCGACGCUUCUCUCCGCCUGCAGAAGCCACUCCGUCACCAUCACGGCUCUCCUGCACUCCUUCGUCCUCGCCUCUCUGGCAUCCCGCAUCCCCUCCCCAACUGAAGCGCCCGCCUUUGCAUCCUCCACGCCCAUCAACCUCCGGCCCUUCACUUCUCCCUCCAUGGAUCCCGCCUAUGUGUCGUCUCUCCGUUGCCUCGUCGCCGCCACGACACAUCACUUCUCGCCCGAGUCUGUGUCCGCCCUGCGCGCCCCAAAUGCCGACACCACUGCCCUGAUCUGGCAAAACGCCCAGCAAGUCAAGGGCGAACUCACCACCAAGCUCAACUCCAUGCCCAAGGAUGACAUCAUGGCUAUGCUCAAAUUCAUCAGCGACUGGGUCUCCUUCUGGCGUGGCAGGGACGGCAGGCCGCGCACAGAAUCGUGGGAGAUUAGCAACAUUGGCGUGCUCAAGAACCCAGACGUACAGGCGGAGGUUCCUCGUGCAACGCGCAUGCUCUUCACGAAUGGAGCCAUGGCUGCCGGUCCGGCGAUGGGCAUCAACGUUGCGAGCGUGGCCGGGUCCAAGCUCACAAUUGGCCUGUCGUGGCAAGAUGCCGUGGUGAAAGAGGAGCUGAUGGACCAGUUGGCCAAAGAUCUGACUUCAUAUGCUGCAAAGUUCCAUGAGACUGGCAAGUCAUUUGUCUAGAUUGGCAUUAUUUUCAUUUAAAUAACAAAAAGGAAAGAAAGAAGGAGAAGAAAAUGGCAAUGUUAUUUCUAAAGACUACUAAUAAUUACAUCUUACAGCUUGGACCAUGAAAUACUGGAUAGGGCAAAGGAUCAGAAAAUACAAAAUUUCAACACUCGACACUAUGAUAAUAAUAAUAAUAAUAUGAUAUAUACUUUAGCCAAGAAAAAAAAAGUUCCAUAUAC